AUGUCUGGUGAACCAGAGGUAGCCCGUACUCCGGAGGAGGGAACUGAAACUGAAGAGGAGGAAAUCAAGUCGGCAUACAAGCCACCACCAGAAAAAACCAUUGAAGAGAUCCUUGCUGCUGACCAGGAAGAUGAAUCGUUGAGGAAGUAUAAAGAGGCUUUAUUAGGGCAAGUGCAAGCUGGUCCAGUCAUUGUUGAUGCAAAUGACCCUCGCAAGGUGAUUGUGAAGAAGUUAGCUUUGUGUGUAGCUGAGCGGGAUGACCUGGAGUUGGACUUAUCCGGAGACCUAACCGAUCUCAAGAAACAGGUGUUCAUAAUAAGGGAGGGCGUACAAUAUCGGAUAAGAAUCGACUUCAUUGUGCAGCGGGAGAUAGUGCAUGGGCUUAAGUAUGUACAGAAGACUUAUCGCAUGGGAGUGCCUGUGGAUAAAAUGACCCACAUGGUCGGCUCGUACCCGCCCAAGACCGAGAUUCAGUCCUACACGACACCGCUGGAGGACGCACCCUCGGGUAUGAUGGCGCGAGGCACGUACUCAGUCAACAGCCUCUUCACGGACGACGACAAAAACGUUCACCUCCAGUGGGAGUGGACCUUCGAGAUCAAGAAGGAUUGGAAGGAUUAG